UCAAUCAACAAAAUGGCCCGUACCAAGCAGACCGCACGUAAAUCUACUGGAGGAAAGGCUCCACGCAAGCAGCUCGCCACCAAGGCUGCCCGCAAAUCCGCCCCAGCCACCGGCGGAGUCAAGAAGCCCCAUCGUUACAGGCCCGGAACCGUCGCUCUCCGUGAGAUCCGUCGCUACCAGAAGAGCACCGAGCUUCUCAUCCGCAAGCUCCCCUUCCAGCGUCUGGUCCGUGAAAUCGCUCAGGACUUCAAGACCGAGCUCCGCUUCCAGAGCUCCGCUGUCAUGGCUCUCCAGGAGGCCAGCGAAGCUUACUUGGUCGGUCUUUUCGAGGACACCAACCUGUGUGCCAUCCACGCUAAGCGUGUCACCAUCAUGCCAAAGGACAUCCAGCUUGCCCGCCGUAUCCGUGGCGAGCGUGCCUAAGUCGUUUAACCUUGUUUGAACGCAAAACCGGCUCUUUUCAGAGCCACUAAUUUUACAAGAAAGACACAAUCUGAUUUUUAUUAAGACUAGUGUUCAUGAAUAACUUUUUAAUAAAAAUUAAUUCUUGAAAUGAUGGGCAUCAUAAUAAAUGUCAAUCAGUGAGU